UAUGGUAUUAUUUUAACAGUAAUCAGCCACGGUCACACUGGCGAAGGUAAACACGUUGCAGUGCAAAACUUAUUUUAUUUUCUGUUGAGUGCGGCAAUCUGAAUAAAAUAAUUGUUUUAAACAAUUACGAGUGCCUGCAUCAAAUCGACAAUGGCCACCAGCGAACGGAAAGGCACCUUUAAGGUGGAAUAUCUGCAGAAGAUCGAGCAGCAAGUGCAGCAGCGAUGGGAGUUGGAGAAGGUGCACCAGUCGGAUGCGCCGACGGCGCCCAAAAAACGCCAGGCGGAGAAGUUCUUUGUGACCUUUCCCUUUCCCUACAUGAAUGGACGCCUCCAUUUGGGUCACACCUUCUCCCUGUCCAAGGCGGAGUACUCGGUGCGGUAUCACCGCCUCAAGGGACGUCGUGUCCUCUGGCCCUUUGGCUUCCACUGCACUGGCAUGCCCAUCAAGGCCUGUGCGGAUAAGUUAACCCGUGAAUUGGAGCAGUUCGGCUUUCCACCAAGGUUCCCGGACAGCCAGGAUGUGGCCCCAGCUGCCGUGGAAACCACCGCAUCCGAAGUGCCCAAGGACAAGUCGAAGGGAAAGAAGAGCAAGGCGGUGGCCAAGACGGGAGCCGCCAAAUAUCAAUGGCAAAUCAUGCAGAGCCUCGGCCUGAAGGACGAGGAAAUUAAGGACUUUGCCAAUGCCGAGCACUGGCUCAACUACUUCCCACCGCUGGCGGUGCAGGAUCUCAAGCGGAUAGGCGUGCACAUCGAUUGGCGGCGCACCUUCAUCACCACCGAUGCCAAUCCCUAUUUCGAUUCGUUUGUACGCUGGCAGUUCAAUCACCUGAAGGCAAGGGGCAAGAUCAUGUACGGCAAGCGGUACACCAUCUACUCGCCCAAGGAUGGACAGCCCUGCAUGGACCACGAUCGCUCUUCCGGCGAGGGAGUGGGUCCCCAGGAGUACACGCUCAUCAAGAUGAAGGUGCUGGAGACGCCAAAGGCUUUGAGCUCCAUCAAGCAGCCGAUUUACAUGGUGGCCGCCACUCUGCGUCCGGAGACGAUGUAUGGCCAGACCAAUUGCUGGCUGCAUCCGGACAUCAAGUACAUUGCCUGGCAGACCAGCAGAAAUAACGAGGUGUGGAUCAGCACACGGCGAGCGGCCAGAAACAUGACUUACCAGGGAUUCACCGCCGAGGAGGGUGAUGUCAAGGUGCUGGCUGAACUGACUGGCCAAGAGCUGCUGGGAGUGCCCCUCUCGGCUCCUCUGACCCCGCACAAAAUCGUAUACACGCUGCCCAUGCUGAGCAUCAAGGAGGACAAGGGAACUGGAGUGGUCACUUCGGUGCCGUCCGAUUCUCCCGAUGAUUAUGCCGCGCUGGUGGAUCUGCAAAAGAAGGAGGCCUUCCGCCAGAAGUACGGACUGAAGGAUGAGAUGGUGCUGCCCUAUGAGCCCAUUCCCAUCAUCGAAGUGCCCACUCUGGGCAAACUAAGUGCCGUCCAUGCCUACGAAACGCUCAAGAUUCAAUCACAAAACGACAAGGAUAAGUUGGCCGAAGCCAAAGAAAUGUGCUACCUCAAGAGUUUCUAUGACGGAGUAAUGUUGGUGGGUGAAUUUGCUGGCCGCAAGAUUCAGGAUGUGAAAAAGGAUCUGCAGAAGCGUUUGGUCGAUGCCAACGAGGCGGACGUUUACUACGAACCGGAGAAGACCAUCAUGUCGCGUUCGGCUGACGAAUGCGUGGUGGCGCUGUGCAACCAGUGGUAUUUGAACUACGGCGAGCCAGUGUGGCAGGCUCAGGCCACCAAGAUACUGCAGGACAUGGAGACGUUCCACGAGGAGGCGCGCAACAACUUCGAAGCCUGCCUGAACUGGCUGCACGAGUACGCCUGCUCCAGGACCUACGGCCUGGGAACCAAACUGCCCUGGGACGACAAGUGGCUGAUUGAGUCCCUCUCGGAUUCCACCAUCUACAUGGCCUUCUACACGGUGGUGCACUUGCUGCAGGGCGGCACUUUCCGCGGCGAGAAGCCAGGUCCCUUCGGCAUCAAACCUUCUGACAUGACCGCUGAGAUCUGGGACUACAUCUUCUUUAAGGAGACCCCACUGCCCAAGAAAACAGCCAUUAAACAGGAGCAUCUGGCUGUCUUGCGUCGUGAGUUUGAGUACUGGUAUCCCAUGGAUCUGCGCGUCUCUGGCAAGGAUCUCAUCCAGAACCACUUGACCUUCUGCCUGUACAAUCAUGCUGCCAUUUGGCCAAACGAUGAGAACAAAUGGCCCAAGGGCAUGCGUGUUAAUGGUCACCUGUUGCUCAACUCCUCGAAGAUGUCCAAAUCGGAUGGCAACUUCCUAACGCUAACCGAGGCUGUGGACAAGUUCUCAGCCGAUGGCAUGCGUCUUUGUCUGGCCGAUGCUGGCGACAGUGUGGAGGAUGCUAAUUUUGUGGAGAGUACGGCGGACGCUGGCAUCCUGCGUCUCUACACGUUCAUUGAGUGGGUGAAGGAGAUGCUGGACAGCAGGAGCAGUUUGCGAAAGGGCAAGGAUAAGACCUUCAACGAUCAGGUCUUCCUGAGCGAGCUCAACUUGAAGACGCAGCAAACGGAUGAGAACUACAGGAAGAUGUUGUUCAAGGAGGCCUUGCGAAGUGGCUUCUACGAGCUGCAGUUGGCCAGGGACAAGUACAGCCAACUGUGCGGCACCCAGGGAAUGCACGAGGAUCUGGUGCUGGAGUUCAUACGCCGGCAAGCCCUCUUGGUGUCCCCCAUUUGUCCGCACAUGGCGGAGCAUGUGUGGGGACUGCUGGGCAACAAGGAGUCCAUUGUUCAUGCUCGCUGGCCAGAAGUGGGGGAGAUCAACGAAGUGGAUAUCCUGUGCUCCGAAUAUCUCAUGGAGGCCGCCCAUUCGUUCCGUCUGAACCUCAAGAACCUGCUGCAAUUCAAGGGCAAGGCGGGAAAAGACAAGUCUGCGGAUGUCCAAGCAGCGAAGCCGAAUAGAGGUCUCAUCUGGGUGGCCAAGACUUAUCCGCCGUGGCAGUGCUGCGUGCUGGACACCAUGAAGGAGUUGUUCAACAAAUCACAGGCCCUGCCGGAUAACAAAGUCAUUGCGGCCACGCUGCAACAAAAAGCGGAGCUGAAGAAGUUCAUGAAACGUGUGAUGCCCUUCGCCCAGAUGAUUCGCGAGAAGGUGGAAUCCGGCAAGGGUGUGGCUGCCCUGGCCGUCACUUUGGAGUUCGACGAACGCCAGGUGUUGGUCAAUAAUCUGGAGUAUCUGAAAAACACCUUGGAUCUUGACGUCUUGGAAAUCAAGUAUACCGAUGAUCCGUCUGCGCCGGAGAAAACUCGUGAGGAAGUUCGUCCUGGCUCGCCCUUCAUCAGCUUCUCGGUGGCACCCAAUGUGAGCGUGGAGCUGACGAAUCCAAUCGAGCGCUCCUCCUUCUUCCAGGUCAACACCGUCAUCUCCGAAGGCGACACCGUGCGUUCGCUGCGCGAGAAGCUGUCCAAGAUCAUUGGCCUCAAGGCGGACACGACCAGCCUCAAGAUCUGGUGCCAUGUGGAUCCCAUUCUGGGCCCCAGAAAGAUACCCAACUUUGAGGACUACAAAGCGGGCAAGUCCCUGCUCACCGAAGGCAACUUUGUUCUGGAUGUGGCGGCCAAGAAAGUGAGCCUGGAGCAAGCCGGAAAACUGACGGAAGUGGGAAGAAAUCUUAUCUAUGUGGUGGAUUAAGUCGAAGAGCAUCACAAACUAUACUAACUUAUUCAUAAAAUGAAACAACACUACCUUGUAAAACAA